AUGGUAAAAACAAAGCCUUCAGUUCAGUACUAUGAUCCAUUUGGCGUGUGGUCCACAAUAGCAACGGACGUGAAAAGUAAAAUUCCUUUACGAAAUUUACAGUGGGUCGAAUCAUUUCAGUAUAAAAAGCAUUUUAUCACGAGUUUGGAGCUUGAAUUCGUUCCAUGGGUGGAACAUUAUACUUCGCUCGAUAAUUCUAAAGAUGCAACAUUAUUAAAGACUCCGCUGGUGAACAUGUUGAUUUUGCCAGAAGAGGAUUCGGAUACGUAUAAAAUGCAACACCGUCCUUUAGCAUUGGAUUGGUCGAAAAAGGUCUCUCAAAAUGACAGUCAAUCCUGGAUGAUUCUCUUGGUAGCACGAUCUCAGGGCGUCAAACGAUCAUCUGGUCCAUUAGGCAGGUCGCAUUCAAGGUCGAGCUCCUACUUUGUAGCAAAGUCUACUAUUGACCGCCUUAGGAAUGACUUUAAUACAGCUAAUACAAAUCGGUGUACAAGGCUGGACUAUGUUCGAUUUGGAACUCCUGAUGCGGAAUGCUGGAAUACAUUUUUAGGUUGCUUACAAAAGUCGGUUUUGGAUGCCUUAAAUUAUCGGUUUCUUCAGCUUUCUGAACAAGCCAAGUUCAUAAACUUACAGGAUACGUCGAUCUUUUCUGAUUUUUUGGUCUACUUUUUACAAAAAGAACGAUUAGGAGCUAGUUAUUUGGAAUUAUCUUUAUACAACGAGUCUGUUGAGCAAUUUGGCGAAAUGUUUGGAACUUUCAAUGAAAUUCUUAGGACUGUAGAUGGAAAACCCGAUAUGGUAAAAUACUUUGGUGAAGGAUCAGAUGUGGUACCGGCUCCUUUGGAAUUGAAUGCUAAGGCCUUGCUUUUUGAUUCAACUUCCGCAAAUCUUCAGCAGUUGUUGUCUUCUGAAAAGUUCUCUUUUUUUCACAUUGGGUUUUACUUGUUCUCAAAGCUGAUUCAGUUGAAUUUGCAGAUAAAAAAUUACGACAGAUCAUAUUCACUACUUCAACAGUCAUUCCAAUUCCUAAAUUAUCAUUUUUUUGAUCAGUUUGUGAAUAAGAACCCUCUACUUUUUCUACGUUUUAAAUAUGACUCCUGCAAUUAUUUGAAGAGUCUCAUAAAUCAAAAUGCAAAGGAUAACGACGUCAAGGUACCUACUUCUAAUGCAAGAUUAGCUCUAUUUACUCGUUCUAUUCUUCUUAAAAUGGCCUAUUUGAAAAACUUAUUACACGAGAAUACGCUGCUACUUUGGCAUGAGGAAGGUUCUCUACCAAAGUUAGAGCGCGAUGAUGAUAUACAUAAAGAAUUUCAAGGCAUUGAAGAAAUUGACAGUUUGGAAUCUUUUUUAAAAAAAUAUUUGCAACUUUCUGAAGAAGCCUUACAUAUUUUUGGGCAGAGAAAAAAUCGCUUGUCCUUCAGCAACACCGCAUCUGAAGCUGCUGUAGUACUUUAUAUGCUUGGCAAUUAUGAUAAGGCUUACGAAAUGCUACAAACCUCGAGUCUACCACUUUUCUGGAAAAGCGAUGCCUUCAAAGAGAAAUGGAUUCAAUUUUACAUUGAUAUACUAAUGAAGGUUGAUAAAGCUCAUGAGGCCAUCGAAUUCUUAGUAAACAUGCUCAAAGAAUACAAAAAUCCUGAUUGUUUUAAAGCAGCCGGUGAAAUAGUUGACCGUAUUCCUCCUACCACGGAUCUGACUUUGGAUGAUUUCUUUUGUGUCAGUUUAUCGAACUUAACAAAUGUGUCCGAGGAGACGGCUCUAGAGCUUAAAGUAAAAAUCACUUCUUCUAUCUUUAGUUUGGAUAUGCUGGAAUCUGUCAUGUGUACUUUGAUUUCUAAUUCCCGGCCGUUCAAAUUAAAAUUCCGCUUAAAAAGCAUUGAGAAAGAUUCAACGAUUAUUUUGAGCUGUAACGAUAUCCUUCCCGGGAGUUACUCCGUAAGUGAAAUGAUAAUAAAACCAAAGGGGAUGCCGGUACUCUUCAAGAAAGAUACAUUUGAUCCUCAACAAGAAAUAUCAGUUUUCCAACCCUCCCUAAGUGGACGACAUCUUUCCACAGUUCAAGCAUCUGUACCUCAACGUUAUGUGAAUGAUAGAUUUCAAUCUGUUUUUCGGAUAUGCUUUGGAGAACAAUUUGAAGAAAAUCAGAAAGUGGGCUUAACUUUUGAAUCAAAUAAUAAAGAAGAGCACAAUAGAACAAGUCAAUGCUUCCUUGACGAAUAUUCUGACUGUACUUUAUCAAUUCAUAAUGAGGUCGCUUAUCUUGAAAAUAUUAAGCGACUAGGAAAGGUUGUUUUGCACUUUCCUUUAAGAAAUGAUGAUGAUGAAAAUAAUGAUUUGAACAUAAAAUUAACUUACAAAACUCAAGAUGAAAAGCUUAUUAAUUUUUAUCUGCCGGUAUUGAAAAAGAAAAUAGAUUUUGCAGAGGUUUCCUGUGAGCUUGACGAGAAUGAACAAGAUUUUCAAACUUUUUUUCUUCGGCUAAAGCCCAAGGAACCAAUUUUAUUUUUCGGUUGGAGAAUAAAAACUACGAACCUGGAUAGUCAAGAAACAGAUGAUUGCGCGAUACCUUACAAACUAACAAUUUUGGAUAUAAUAGAUUGUUUCAAAAAGAUCCCCUCGAAGGGCUGGAAACGGAAACAACAUAUUGUCACUGUGGACUGUUUGCGAAUUACUGACCUUCUUUUCGAAUAUUUGUACAAUGAGUGUGAACGAUAUCUAAGCCGAAUGAACAUAAACGUUAUAACAAAUUGGAUUGAAUCUAUUUGUCGUAAAACUAAUGAUACCAUAGUUUGGUCGAAUGGCCAAAUUUCAUUGCCUGAAUUAAUAAGUAUGCCUGAGACUAAGCAAACGAAGCUGUUAUUGAAAAGCAACCAAAUAUUUUUGGAAGAGUUCUCUUGUCUUUUGAAGCGUUUGAAAGCUCCAUUGACAGUAAAGGACGUUUUAUCGACAUUGCAAUUGCCUCACAGAACGAAAGAAACAGCAUGUUUCGUAACACCGAUGAACUGUUUGCAUACGUUGGGACCUAUCACGAUACAAAAUAAGAAAGACAUAGUCCAGGUUGAUUGCGUUUGGAAGUUACCAACAAACAUAUCCUUGAAUAUUCCCACAAAGGUAGAACUUGAGUUCACGGUUGCCCAUGUGCCAAGCAGUACUGACGCCGAUUGUGAAAAGCACAGGUUUGAGCUGAUGUACGAGGUAUCAACUUUUACAAAUUCUAUUCUUUUUGCUGGUCCUAUACGGAAAAAAAUAAGUUUGAAAGGAAUGGGAGCUACAAUACGAGAAACAUUUACAGUUAUAUUCCUAACAGCAGGAAGACUUUUGCUACCAGAUAUACAUGUUCAUUCAAAGGAUGAUAAUAUUUUGACAGUGAAAAAUCCAAAGUACGCUGUGGUUGGUCGUUCUCCUUAG